CUCAGUAAAUUUGAGGCGUUAAAAAGUCAACGAUGUGUGGAAAAAAUCUUACGUUUUGCCAUGGUGCGCUUCUACUCGUUAUUUCAUCUUUAACAUUUCAGCUAAUUUGUAUGAGUCACGAUAACGAAGACAAUAAUUUUACGGUGCGAUAUGAGUUUGACGAGGAUAUCAAGAGAAACUGUGAUAAAAAGACCGAAUUAGUGCAAUACAAUCUACAUAAAAAUUUUACAAAUGAUAACAAAAAUAAAUACAAUAAUGGAAAUAACGAUAAAAAUCACAUUGUUUCAAAUGAGAUGUACAACAAUAUUACUUGUAUUAAGCUCUGUUAUCCUUUUGGUGAUCGUUUGGUUAACAAGAAUUGCAUUGCUGAAAAAAAUGAAUAUGUUCUCCCAAAUGUAUAUGGAUAUUUGAAUAAUUCGAUGCAGAACGAAAAUAAGAAAGUAAAUGAACUUUUUCCAUUGAUUGUUCAAAAUCCGUGUCAAGAAACUAUACAUUUCCAGCUUUAUCCGGACUACUUUUUCAAAUACUACAAGUACAUAUUUUUUGCAAACGGAUCUUUGUAUCUUCCUUAUUUUGACAUAUUCGUCGAAUCAACAUCUUAUUGUUUGGCGGUCGUGGAUCAUAAUCAGUUUGAUGCGAUUAUCUGCUUGGAAGCUGUGAACGAAACCAUAAAUAAAGAAAUGGAUAAGAUUAUAAACGAUCUUUAUAAUGAGAUUUUGUCAAAAGAAUUUAUCAUUACAUUUUUUAGUUGUCGUAUAAUGUCUAUGCUAUGUUUACUCUCAAUAUUUUUGGUAUACUCUAUAUUGCCAGAGCUUCAUAGCAUACAUAGUUUCAUGUUGCGCAGAUAUAGCAGUUUAUCGUUUAUCGCAUACACUGUCGAAAUUAUUGAUUAUCUAUUCAACAUGAAAGAUCUGGCUUAUUCCAUGUGUGUUAUAAGCGCUUUAGUCAACUAUUACUGCUUUUUGACAAGCUCUUUUUGGUUAAGUGUAAUGAGUUUCGACAUGUGGUGGACAUUUAGAGAUCUUUUCUCGUUCCAAAGGAAUGUGAAACAAGAGAGAAAAAAGUUCAUAUAUUCCACCAUUGCUUGGGGAGGUCCCUUUAUUCUUACUAUCAUCUGUAUUAUCAUGGAAUUUAUUCCCAGCGUGCCAAAAAAAUUUAUCCGACCAGAAUUUGGAGUUGACAGUUGUUGGUUUCAUGAGGAUGCAGCGUCUCAGUUAUAUUAUUACGGCCCCAAAAGUAUCUGUAUCAUUAGUAGCAUUUGCUUAUCCAUUUAUACAAUAUUAAAGAUAAUGCGAUAUGAGAAAGACACAACACGUCAUUUAAAAGAUUUAGAAAGCCAAUCCUAUAAUGACAAUAAGCGAUGGUUCAAUUUGUAUUUGAAACUGUUUAUCAUGCUAUUUAUUAUAAUAGCCAUAAAUUGGAUUAUAUCGACAAUGUUGGAAUUUUGGCUGGUUAAUGAUAAUACAAUACGAUAUAUCAUCCGUAGUAUUAUUUUGAUGGACACUAUGCAAGAUAUUUGUAUCUUCAUCAUAUUCGUGUGCAAGAAGACAAUCAUGCGAUUAUUAUUAAAGCAUUUCUAUCAGAAUCGCGGAUUUGUUUUCAAAACUUCAACACAAAGCAGUUGCCAUAGACUUCAACAACUUCAACUGCGCCACCAUGUUAAGGAUAAAUUUCUGUAGAAAAAUAUUAAUCUUUCUUUGUGUUGAGAAGAAAAAAUUUUCUAAAAAAGACGUGGAAGAGCCCGUAUUCUUAGACAGUACCAGACAUUUAUCAGUUAAAACUUCCUCCUUGCCAUCCUUUUCUUAUCAAUAUGAUAUGGAAAAAGUCUAGGGACCAGCACUAUAUCCACGUAUGAAAGAAUAUUAUCUACGAAAAAGCGAGUUAUCACGCAAAGAGUUUGUCUAAUGGGAGCAAUCUUAUAUAAUUAGUCCUUACUAAAUUUAUUCAACUUUCCAAGGUAUUCAGCAUAUCUAAUUUUGAUGCAUAUAACGUAAUGCAUAUGUAUUAUAUUUUAUAUUUAUUUAUACAGGGUGUUCAUAAACAUAUGAGACGCACUUCAAGAGCGAAUAAGGAACAGAAACAACCAAAAAUGUUCAUAUAAACACAUAUCAUAUUUCACAUCGUUUCCAAGUUACAGCCAUGUUUGUGAUUCAGAUGCCAAAAGGCAAAACAGUAUCUGACCGAACGAUUUGUUAACCAAUAGAUGGGACAUGAUGAUCCAAUUACUUAGCCUGCUCGCUCUCCGGAUUAAAAUCCGUUAGAUUUUUAUCUCUGGGGACAUUUGAAAUCAAUUGUCUACUCAACCCCUGUUGCCAAUAUUCAAUUUCUUUGUCAAUGAUUUCAACAAGCCUGAAACAGAUCAAACAAAUAUCCGAAAUUUUUGAAAAAAUAAACUACGAUAUGAUGAUUACAUGUUUGCAUUCAAGUCGAAGGUCAUUUAAAGCACUUUUUGUAAAAGUAGACAUCUGAAUCACAAAUAUGGCUAUAACUCGGAAACAAUGUAAAAUAUGACAUAUGUUUAUAUGAACUUUUUUAGUUGUUUUUGUGUUCCUUAUUUGUUCCUGAAAUGCGUUUUACAUGUUUAUCCUGUAUUCUAAUCAUUUAAAAAAUUAUUUAAAAAUGGAUAAUCGAUUUCUUAUUAAUCGAUUUCUUACCAUUAUUUAUGCAUUUAAACAUUAUAUUAGAAAACUGAUGAACUAAUAUAUAAUGAUUUAAUAUAUAAUUUAUUACAUUAUAUUCCGUCCAGCGAGAGAACAACCACGAUCUGUGCAUGGGCGGACAAAGUGAAGAGUAUAACGCACUA